CUUCAAAUGGCUGCCCUCAUUACUCUUGUUGCACUGAUCUUGUGCUGACGCUGUGGUCUCCGUUCGUGUUGGCUGGCGUCAACCUCCUUGGUUCGUGUCAAGUGCACGACCUUAACUGCUAAACGGACGUUAAGCAAGUCGGAAUGAAUAGCAUGCUCAAGCUGUCUAAAAACGUUUCCAUGCUCCGGAGCACGCGCACGAGAGCGGCGAGUUACCAUGCCUACUCUACCAAUGCUGAAAAGACUGUACACUCUGAAGCACAACCAAGUAUCAACGACUGGGUUUCUGGAGCUUCCCCAAAAGCAGAUAUAAAAAAUGAAAUACUGAAGGCUGCCCUUCACUUUGUUCCACAACAUGGGUGGACAUGGAAGUCAAUUGCUGCUGGAGCCAACUCCUUGGGGCUUUCGACUGUCGCACAUGGACUUUUUCCUGGUGGUAACCUUGACCUUAUCACAUUUUUCUACUUAACAUGCAAUGAUGCUCUCGAAAUGCAACUUUCAAGCGAUAUUCAGAAAAGCAGUCCCAGGGGAGCUUCAAAGGACAAGAUUGCAUUCAUCCAAGAUGCAGUUUGGAAACGGCUACUUCUGAUGGCACCUCAUAAGGAGACAUGGGCACAGGCAUUGGGAAUCUUGGCUCUGCCUCAAAACAUGCCAGUUGCCCUUUCGAAUCUUCUGGAUCUGCUUGACAUCAUCUGGCAUGAAGCGGGUGAUGGGUCCAUUGAUAUGAACUGGUACUAUAAAAGGCUGACCCUAGCUGCCCUGUACCAGAGCACAGAGCUUGUGUUUGUAGAAGAUAAAUCUGCCGAUUUCAGCCAGACAUUAGAAUUCUUAGAGAGACGUUCCAAGGACUUUGCUGCCCUGAACAGCUGCUCUCAAAAGAUAAGCCAAGCGAGGAAUACUGCCACAGAUGUGGCUGAGCUGGGAUUUGCAACGCUUAAAAAUGUACUACGAAUGAACACCUGGUGAUUGAAGACCAGGAAUAAACUUGGAUGUGCCCCUACACAUGGAACUUAAGACUUGCGUUGCAAUUCAAACAUGUUGGCAUUGGCGCAUAUGGUGCAGCCACGCAGGUUCCUUUUAAUAAAACUACUAAGAAAAUA